AUGAAACAUGCGUGGAAAUUGAAAACACCCGAGUUAAUUAUUUCCAUAGCGGGAGGUGCAGCAUUAUUACAUAACACUACACCAGCUCGCGUAAGAAAUACUUUUCAAAGAGAUUUGAUUGCAGCCGCCAUAACUACUGAUGCUUGGAUUUUUACGGGUGGAACGAAUAGUGGUGUAAUGAAAGAAGUAGGAGAUGCAUUUGACAAAUACCGAUAUAAAAAUUCAAAAAAACGUGUCGAUAUCCCUUGCAUUGCAGUGCCAAAUUGGAAUUAUACUACAGAUGUCUACCAACUAUCUUGUAAUAAUCCAAAUAAUGAUAUGUAUCUUAUGAAAUCAUAUACAAAUAGAAAAGCUAAUAAUCCUGCUAAUGAAUGCGAUAUCGACCCUAAUCAUACCCAUUUUUUGUUGAUGGAUGACAGCAGAGAAAAGGCUUGGUGGAGAAAAGAGGAAACAUAUGAAUGUCGUGCGGAUCUACAAUCGACACUACGUGCUGAAAUUGAACAAGAAUCCGCAAACAUUAUGCCAACGAUUGAUAAUUUAUUGGUCCAUCUGUAUGAGAAAACAGGAGAAAUUUUUAAGCAGGUGAAGCAUAUGUUUAACUAUAAUAUGAUGCAACAGAAAAUAGCCACUACACGUAUAAUAGAAAGUUUAAAUGAAUUAUGCGAAAUGAUUGAUUCGACAACAAAUAACGCUGAUACAAUUAUUUUACGUGGUGUCGGAGAUAGAGUGACCGAUGUAAUUAAAACAACUAUGAAAAAAGCAAAAGAGUUAAAAGACAAGCUUUCUACUUAUCAUGAUUUACUUAAUAAGACUACUGGGGGCUUGGACAAACAAAAACAAGACAUAUUAGAUGACGCAGUGAACUUACAAACAGCCUAUUACGAGAAACAUCAUAGGCCAAUAGUUCAAAUACUUGUAGAAGGUAUUAUUAUUCAUAAUGAUUGA